GCGGGAAAUUUAUAAAAAGAAAAUGUCAUUUGAAAUAGAAAAUGAUAACAAUGUGCUAGAUAUGCAGAAAAAGUAUUCGGCUCUUAUGAAGAUGCGGCAGUCUGCGCGUCCUUCUCUGUCUCAGGCCAGUCGAUCACAGUUGCGCAGCGCUGUCUUUCAACUAGUGACUUCACGACAGAACACUGACAGUUUGCUGUCUGAGAUUCUGCAGCUGAGAACCACUGAUUCAUCUCAUGUGGGACGAGCCACUGAUUCAUCUCAUGUGGGACUAGCCACUGAUUCAUCUCAUGUGGGACCAGCCACUGAUUCAUCUCAUGUGAAGCUAGCCACUGAUUCAUCUCAUGUGGGGUCAGCCACUGAUUCAUCUCAUGUGGGACCAGCCACUGAUUCAUCUCAUAUGAAGCUAGCCACUGAUUCAUCUGAUGUGAAGCUAGCCACUGAUUCAUCUCAUAUGGGGUCAGCCACUGAUUCAUCUCAUGUGGGGACAGCUACUGAUUCGUGUAGUGCAGCACCAGCCAUCUCACCCUCCAGCCCGAAUGUUACAGUGCUGUUACCAGCAGUAUCUCAAUGUCUCUACCAAGAAUCAACGGCUAAAUGUCAAACUUCCAGCAUUGCAGCAGCUGAAACAUGUGCAGGAAAGAUUGUAGAAAUGAUCCGACAUAAUGAUUUUGACAGCAGCUGUAAAGAACUUGUUACACCAUUAAACCUAGAGAAACUGACGAUGUGUUUACAUCUUGUACAGAAAUUUAUUGAAGAGCAGCAGUUCAGUAGAACGCAUUUCAUCACUGUUCUGUCAAGGGAGUCUUCGUUGCCGUUGGAAGUGAUAUGGCGUCUCCACACCAGUGGAGUGCUUGUGUUGGAUAGCUUCUUUUCAAAUAAACUGGUAGAAGAUGGAUUUUCCCAAGAUUUUGCAAAUCAGCUGUUUUGUUUAUGCAGUCACCAAAGAGACAGUGGACCAGUCAAAGAUGAUAUCAUGAAAGGCUUCAUUAGUUUCCUUGUGAAUCAUGGGUUUCCAGAAAAGAGGAAGAAAGAGGAAAGCUUUGGAUCCUUGAAAAAAGUUUGCAUCUCUAUUGUGGAUGGAUUAACAAAAAACUUCCUUGCGAAGCCCGGUGAGACGUCCUUGUUGAGAUACGCGUGUCUUACUCCGAGUGCCGAAAUCAGCCCGGUCAGUGUUCGGAAGUUCUGCACACACACGCUGUCACUGAUUAUGAGCUACAAGCCAUGUUUGAAAGUUUCCCAAGCCUUGAAACAACAAAGAAAUUGGAAAUCGGCGAAAGUGGAGGCUUGCAUUUCUUCUUUUUAUAAACAGCUCUUCAUCCCGUUUGCAGCGGGUGAUGUUCUUGAGAUCUUGCAACGAGUCCUUGACAGACAGGAAGUCAACUGGGAGACUCUCCUGUCAUUUCUCGCAACGUACCUCGUCUGUUUCCCAGGCGCACCUCAGUUAAUAAGUGAUCACAUUUCAAGCGUUCUCAAGGAAGGGCUGGAGAACUGUGAGAUGGAGAACACAAUCGUUGCAUUCCUGCUGGCGCGGCAGUGUUGUGUUGAAGGUGUCCACAUAUUUCCCACCUACCAGGAUUGGUUUCAGAAAACAUUUGGAGAUGGAUCCCGGUCUCCAGCAUCCAGCAGAAAAUCUUUUACAUUCCUCAUGAAGUUUCUGACAGAUAUCGUGCCUUACGAAACAGGGAAACAUCUAAAGGUUCACAUUGUACGACCUCCGUAUGUUCCACCGAAAUGCAGAGAUCUUUUAUCCGACUAUGUUGCCUUGGCAAAGACAAGACUGGCCGAUUUGAAGGAGACGUUGAACGAUGAUGGUAUCUAUGAGGUUAGCACUGCUGGUCAGAGUGACACAAAGCAGAGUCUACUGAGAAGUGAUCAGGAUGUCCUGACAGCUAUAACUGCAUUUGAGUCGACAGGAAAAGUUCCAUCUUCUGUGAUGGAAGCCAGCAUUUUUCGGAAACCUUAUUUUAUUGGGAAAUUUCUACCAGCAUUGCUGAAAGCCAGACCGCUUCCAGAUAAACGUGACUCGAGAAUGAAGAUGAUUGAUGCAUUGAAGAAAGCUGACAAGAUUCCUCUGUCUCUGUAUGCCAAGUAUGAAGAGGGAUGUAGGAAGGAAGCUCAACAACUGCUUAAUGGUGUGUUUGAACAGGACCAUGACGACAUGGAAGACAUGAUGUUAGAACCGAGAGAUCAACUAGUAUUCCGUCUUGGUCAGUUACAAGAUGUCAUCGUCAACACAGCAUCUGUCCAGUCAAGUCCACUCAAACAGAAAGUUAGUGAACUCAUAUCCAUCAUCAGUGAGAAGAUAGAGCUCGUUCUUGGUAGAUUGAGUUCUGAGGAAUUACAAGUUGAAUCUACACACACACCAAUCAGCUUGUCAUUCCCUGAUGUUAAAGACACACACAUACAGAUUGUAGACUUGCUGGUGAAUUUUAUCUCCCGGUGUUUGACCCUUGACCUCCAGACCCCAACCCCACAGCUGACUUGGCUACUACAACUGACAAGAAUGUUGUCUGAGCAUAAGACACUUUACCACGCUCUCUUCACCAGAUUCCUCUGUCUCGUUCACCAGGGCCAAAACUUGAAGGAUCAUCACUUGACUGGAUUGUCUGCUCUUGCUGCAUGUCUCGCUGUGUUGCAGCCGCUGUUUGGCAUCGUCACCGUUGAUGUCUGCAGUGUGUGUCAGUCACACAAAUCCACUGGCAGCUUCCUCGACGUUCUCUUAGAUGUGUUUCCCUAUUGGACAGCUGCUUCAGCCGAGCUAUACUGGAGAUUUUGGUCCCAGUACCUGAAGUUUGUGUUCCUGCAGUUUGAGAGGGUGUCGUCGUGUUACCGUGACGAUCGACACGGGGUCAUUCCAGCAGAUCUGACGAGAAAGUUUACCUUCCUGUGUUGGAGAUUUCUGCCUCACCUCAGAACACACGGUCACAGUGGGGAUGUUCGCUCUGACCACAAGACACAGCCACAUGUCACAUGUCUGUCACACAAGUUUGACGAGAUGCUGCCACAUGUCAUAUAUCUGUCAGACAGGUUCCAGCAGUGUGUCAGGGACAUUCAGAUUGAUUUCGACAGCUGGAUCAACUUUGAAAUUACUAUUUCCCCAGAUGAUGAUAACCUUAGCUAUUUUGAAAGACGGGCGUUCCACGAGUGGGUGAUUCACCAGCACUUCCUACAGGCCAAGGAGGUUGAUGGAGGGUUUAACUAUAACCACACUAGACUGUCCACCGUUCUCUUCCAGGCAGUGUUGAAGUGUCACAUGAGGUCAUCUUGUGAAGGAAUUCCAGCAUGUGCUCGCUGCAAGAAGAAGGGAGAUCACUCCUGUAAGACAAAUGGACUAGAAUUCCUCUCCUUCCUCCAGAUCUUAGUUCAUCAUUUGUCAAGUGUUGAGGAGACUCCUGCUAUUCCAUGGUUGCUACGACAACUGGACAAGUUCCUGAGCUCUGGUAAUCGGGACAACUCCAUUCUGGAACAAGCGAAGAUCGGUGUUUUCUUCAGGGUGGUCAGUGUUCUUCCUCCACACCUGUUUCUCUCCGACCAGCUUGGCAUUCUGCCAGACCAACAAACUAUGCAAGAAGUUAUAUCUCGUGUGGAGCGAUACAUGAUUCAUCUUGUGGAGGGUUGUGCGCUGUCGAUUUCUGUCACGUCUUAUCUUCUGCAGGGUCUUAUUAGCUUGAGAAGAUCUGCUUCCCUAGGUGACACAUUGCGGUCUCUCACAACACAUCGGCUCAUGUCUGUGUCAUGUUUGGUUCACUGGGAUACUGUGCGGUCUCUGUUAUCGUCGUGGAGUGAAGAGGACGAUGAGUUGUUUUCUCAUCUACACCAAGUGAAACAUUGGUUUAACAGGAGUGUUGGAUCAAAACAUCUCGAGUCCAUUCCUCAUCAUCUGCCGUCGUGGUUGUGUGCUGCAGAGUUAUUUGCUGCUGUGGUUGACGGUAAACGUGUUGAUGAUGUCGCAGGUCUGUUGGCCAACUCUGACAACCAUCACGUUGAGGUUAUGGUGUCACUUUGUGAAAUUCUUCUCUCAUUUUUGAGUGGACUUCAUACUUCAAACAAGAAAAACAAUGAAAAUGUCACUUUAAGACAGAUGUUUGUGAAGAUACUGUCACGUCAUCCAGGCAUAUUAUCCGACAUUCUGAAUGAAAACAAAGAGAUUGACCUAGUUAGCAGGUCAAUGGCAACUCACACUGCUAGUGGUCAUACUCUACUUGGACUCCUUGCUCUGCUAGACACUCAGCAUGAGAUGGACAUAUUCAAACAUGAGUCAAACUUAAAAUGUGUGGUACACAUCUUUCAACAAGUCUGUGUCAGAUUCGAAACUGGAGCUUCUGAAGUUACUAACAGGACUACACAGCCCAUCUCUUUGACAGAGGUGAUGUCCCAUGCAGAGUUCAUCAGAAAGAUCCUGCUCAGAGUUCCUCUGCCCUGUCUGUAUACACUAGAUAAGAGUUCCUUACUGUCUUGUGGGUUUGACAUCAAACUAACUGUUGAUAGAAGACUUGCCUCAGGUCACUGACCUCAGAACUUGUGUUGCUGCUUGACAGACCCAAAGUAACUGAUGUUUAAGACUUGCCUCUGGUCACUGGUCCAAAGUAACUGAUGUUUAAGACUUGCCUUUGGUCACUGGUCCAAAGUAACUGAUGUUUAAGACUCGCCUCUGGUCACUGACCCAAAGUAACUGAUGUUUAAGACUUGCCUCUGGUCACUGACCCAAAGUAACUGAUGUUUAAGACUUGCCUCUGGUCACUGGUCCAAAGUAACUGAUGUUUAAGACUCGCCUCUGGUCACUGACCCAAAGUAACUGAUGUUUAAGACUCGCCUCUGGUCACUGAACCAAAGUAACUGAUGUUUAAGACUUGACUCUGGUUACUGGCCUAAAGUAACUGAUGCUUAAGACUUGACUUAGGUCACUGACACAAAGUAACUGAUGUUUUAGACUCGCCUCUGGUCACUGACCCAAAGUAACUCAUGUUUUAGACUCGCCUCUGGUCACUGAACCAAAGUAACUGAUGUUUAAGACUUGACUCUGGUUACUGGCCCAAAGUAACUCAUGUUUAAGACUUGACUCUGGUCACUGACACAAAGUAACUGAUGUUUAAGAUUCGACUCUGGUCACUGACACAAAGUAACUGAUGUUUAAGACUUGACUCUGGUUACUGACCCAAAGUAACAUGUUUAAGACUUGACUCUGGUUACUGACCCAGAGUAACUGAUGUUUAAGACUUGCCUCAGGUCACUGAUCCAAAUUACCAGAUGUUUAAGUCUUGCCUCAAGUCACUGACCCAAAGUAGCUGAUGUUUAAGUCUUGCCUCUGGUUACUGACCCAAAGUAACUGAUGUUUAAGACUUGACUCUGGUUACUGGCCCAAAGUAACUGAUGUUUAAGACUUGACUCUGGUCACUGACACAAAGUAACUGAUGUUUAAGAUUCGACUCUGGUCACUGACACAAAGUAACUGAUGUUUAAGACUUGACUCUGGUUACUGACCCAAAGUAACAUGUUUAAGACUUGACUCUGGUUACUGACCCAGAGUAACUGAUGUUUAAGACUUGCCUCAGGUCACUGAUCCAAAUUACCAGAUGUUUAAGUCUUGCCUCAAGUCACUGACCCAAAGUAGCUGAUGUUUAAGUCUUGCCUCUGGUUACUGACCCAAAGUAACUGAUGUUUAAGACUUGACUCUGGUCACUGACCCAAAGUAACAUGUUUAAGACUUGACUCUGGUCACUGAACCAGAGUAACUGAUGUUUAAGACUUGCCUCAGGUCACUGACCCAAAUUACCAGAUGUUUAAGUCUUGCCUCAAGUCACUGACCCAAAGUAACUGAUGUUUAAGACCUGCCUCAGGUCACUGACCCAAAUUACUUGAUGUUUAAGGCUUGCCUCAAGUCACUGACCCAAAGUAAUUGAUGUUUAAGACUUGCCUCUGGUUACUGACCCAGAGUAACUGAUGUUUAAGCCUUGCCUCUGGUCACUGACCCAUACCAAGUAUCUGUUAGUGCUACACUUGAUUCAGUCAUUUGUGUAUUUACCCUUGUUUCACACCCAAUAUAAUUGAAUAGCCCAUGUAUUUGUUUGUGUUGGGAGAACAUUAAACAUUCAUCCAUUCAUGAUUCAAGGCGGGACGUAACCUAGUGAUAAAGCAUUCACCUGACAUGCUGCCUGUCUAGGAUCAAUUCCUGUCAGUGGGCCUAAUGCCUAUUGUCACUAAUUUAGCAGUUUUACUUUUAGAAAUACAUUUACUUAAAAUAUAUGUAUUCUGUUUGUUCUGUGGAUCCGUUGAGGAAAUAGCAAUUACUAACUGCCAAAAUUCAUUGUAAAGAGGUUUAGUUAUUAAUGUUAUGCUUUCUUCUCUAGCAUUCCCACGUUUUAUUUCCUUUUCUCGAAGAAUGUUACAAUUUCAGACAGAUCAUGUCCAUGUCAUGCUGACUAUAAAUAUUGUAUCUUUGUAAAAUGCUGGGAGAGGCCUGUUGGCCAAUCCCAAAACUGUUUAUUUUUACAGCAAUAAAUAUAUUUAAACCACA